AUGAAUGCAUUCUUUGAUGGAUUCAUCAAUUCCAGUACGACACUUCAACAAUUUGUGGUUCAGUACGAUAAUGCUCUUAAAUUCAAAGCCCAAAAAGAAAUAGAAGCCGACUUCUCUUCCCUCAAUACCACGGUUGCAUGUGGGUCUCAAUCACCUAUUGAAAGACAAUUUCAAGUUAAGUACACACAUGCAAAAUUUGAGGAAGUACAAACUGAGUUUCGGUCCAGGAUGAAUUGUUUCAACAAAGACACUAUGAAAGACUGUAUUUCUAACAAGUACACGAUCAAAGAAGAGUGCAUGUGGGAUGGAAUAUGUUCUGCAAAAUAUUAUCAUGUUCAAUUUGAUCCUCUUACAAAUGAUACAAGCUGCUCUUGCCUACUCUUUGAGUUUAGAGGUAUUAUUUGUCAGCAUUGCCUAUUGGUUCUCAGUCAGGAAUAUGUACAAAAUGUCCCCUCUAAAUACGUGCUCCGCCGUUGGAGUAAAAAUAUCAGAAGAAAGCACACAUUGAUUAUAGCAGGUUACAGUUCUUUGCAUCAGGAACCCAAGAUGCAAAGAUAUCAAUCGUUGUGUAAGCGGUUCUAUGACAUAGCUGAGGCUGCAUGUAAAUCUGAAUCAACAUCUCAUGAAUUGGAAAAAGAAUUGAAUUCUCUUGGUAAAAAGUUUGGAGUGAAUACAUCAUUACGAAAUGUGAAGCGUAAAGGCCGACCAAGAACUAACAGAUUGAAGUCAAGUGUUGAAACACUAAGCCGAAAAAGGAAAACCGCUUCAAGGAAACAUGCUUCAACAACAACGCUUCAACAAAAUGAAAUAACAUGUAUUGUUCCUUCUUUAUUCAACCGAAAUGCAACAAGUUUCACAACUAUCUGA